AACCACCAAGCUGGGAUUGGGUGCAAGAAAAUGAGGAGAAGACGACUCGAUUUAUCAUUCGAAGGCAGUAUUUUGUGUAGAUGAUCCGGUAAUUAGACCGGUGACCUAUUUCAUGACUUGCCCUCAAAUAUUUCGAGCAAAUCAAGAGCAAUGGCUCUUCGACCUCUGAUUGCUAUCUGCGGUACCACCGGUGUCGGUAAAUCCAAGCUUGCUAUUGAAAUAGCGCAGCAUAUUGCCAAGCAAGAGGCAUGGGAGGGUGCCGAAAUCAUAAAUGCAGACGCCAUGCAGGUAUACGCUGGCAUGGACGUGAUCACGAACAAGGUUACAGAAUCCGAAAUGCAAGGAAUUAAGCACCAUCUCAUGGGAUUCAGGCAGCCCGGAGAGCAAUAUGUCGUCGGCCAAUGGGUCCAAGAUGCGAUCAAAAUAAUCAGUGACAUACAUUGUGCCAAUAAAAUCCCAAUAGUUGUUGGGGGCACGUCAUACUGGAUCCAGCAUUUACUUUUUCCAAACCGCCUGUCCAACGAGAAGAUUACUGACAAGAAGGGGCCACAGGCUGCAGUCAUGUCAGAAGAACUUGCUCGUUCUUUUAGAACUUUGCCACCAGAAUUGCAGGAUCUGUUCAAUUCGUUUCCAAAACAACCCCCCCUCGCCAGCGUUGAUCCGGAACAGUCUCUAUCUCUUCAUAGAUUGCUAUCCACUCUUGACGAUCGUGUGGGAGCAAGGUGGCAUUGGAAAGAUACUCGUAAAGUCCACCGAAGUCUCUGUAUCAUCCGGGAAACCGGCCGCAAAGCCAGCGAAAUGAUCAGCAAUCAAUCUGAAAACACAGUCGUAGCUAGAUAUCGCGCCCUAUGUCUUUGGCCAUAUGCCAAACCCGCCGUGUUGCAUCCGCGACUAAAUUCACGCGUCGAUACAAUGAUAACACGCGGCCUCCUUGAUGAAGUUCGGGCGCUACAGCAUAUCGCAAUCUCUGAUCGGCAAACCGUAACCGACGAAUCAUCCGCGGACUACACCUUGGGCAUUUAUCAAUCGAUAGGAUACAGGGAAUUCCACGGCUGUAUAUCCUCGCCUGUUCCGAGUGACGAUGCUUUCAACGUGGCUGUAGAAAACAUGAAGAUAUCGACUCGGCAAUAUGCCAAACGGCAAGUAUCUUGGAUCCGUAACAAGUUACUCCCUGCGAUAAAGGCGGCCAAUGCUAUUGAAGAAACGGUCUUUCCCUACCUGCUGGACGCUUCUGAUGUCGAAAAUGGCUGGUCUUCAAACGUUGAAGAUCUCGCGAUGCAGAUCACUGAUGAUUUCCUCCGCGGAAAGCUCCACCUGGAUCCUUUAUCCUUGUCCGAUGUCGCUCGAGAAAUGCUUACCGUUGAAGAGAAAGCGACAGAUCCAUUGUUUGUUCUAACCGCGCGUCGAAAAAUGAUAUGUGAAGUCUGCACCGCCAACAAGAACGAACCUGUCAUGGUCGAGGAAGGGCGAGAAUGGGAGGUUCACACAAAGACACGAAGUCAUAAAAGCUGCGAUCGCAAGGCUAAAGCAACAUUUCACGGAUAUAGGUACGGGAAGAAGAUCGAACGCAUCGAUACCACCGAAUCACAAGCUUCUUGACUUUAUUAUCAUACACAUGCU